ACACUCUCUCUUUCAAAAUUAGGGUUUCUUAGGAUUUUAGGGCUUUUCAGAUUCGAAUGCCGAAGUCCACGAAACGCGACCGGAGCGCCGCCCAAGGCCGCGGCGUCGACGACGCCGAGGAGGCCGAGCGUCUCCGAUCCGUGAAGCGCGAGCGGCUCAACCCUGAACAGGAUGAGAAUGAGUCCACCGAGCAAGACGCCGGUCAACGGCGAGCUCUCCGAUCUGACUACAAUGAUAUCCUCAACCUCAUCAGCGAGAAGAGGAACGAUUUAUUGAGACCGGAGUCGGAGAAAUUUGGGGUUAUUAUUGAUAGAGUUGAGAGGCUGCAUAAGCAAGUUCAGAAGCCAAGGGAGCAAGUGGCAGACGCAGAGGCACUGUUGGACAUAACCAACACACUGGUGACAUCUGUGAAGUCACAGUCCAGUGCUGGUAUUACCCCGGCGGACUUCAUUACCUGUUUGAUUCAAGAUUUUGGGCAGUUAAGGGACGGGAAUGCCUUGAUUCGGUGGAAGGAUGUUGGGCUUGGUGUGGCGCCAAUUUUCAGGAGGGCUCAUGGGUGCUGUACAAUGCUUGGACCCAUGAAUACCGAGUAUAAGGAAAGGAAGGUUGGUGUUCGUACUAGACGAACAAAGCCUACUACGACUGAUGAGCCUGAGGAGAUUGAUGCACAGGAAGAAGAAAAAACUGAUACGGACAGGAAUAUGUCAACUAUGUUUGAGAUUUUAAGAAAGAACAAACGCGUACGACUGGAAUGGUUAAUAUUAAACAGACUGUUCUUUGCACAGACAGUGGAGAAUUUAUUUGCUCUUUCAUUCCUGGUUAAAGAUGGCCGGGCUGAAAUCAUAGUUGAUGCAAAUUGUUGUCAUUUUGUUGCACCAAGGAAUGCUGCCAAGGCCACUGAAGUGGCAUCUCGUGAGGUGGUUUAUAGACACUUUGUGUUCCGAUUUGAUUUCAAGGACUGGAAGUUGAUGAAGGAUAUGGUGCCCGAUGGUGAGGAGCUAAUGCCACAUAGAGUCCCUCCCAACUCUGAACCUGCCUCACAGGAGGAACCGGCUGCAUACAGUUCCCAAACAGGCCACACAACUCCAAUUAGGAAGCUUUCCAGGAAUCGUGGCCGGGUUGUGCAGGAAGAAGCUGUUGUAGAAGAAUCCCCUGAAUGUGAUAAUGGUCAUGCUGGAGGCACAUUUCGCAGGUCUAAGCGCAAGCUUUAGCUUUUAUGAAAUAUGAGAUUGUCUGUGUUCAGGUUUAGUUUUGCUUGUAUAUAGGAUUAGGUAGAUAGCCUUUCUACCUAGAAUAGAUUAUGUUUUUCAUCAGCUUGGGUUUGACACUGUUCUGAUCCUUUUGGAGCUUACUGACUUGUGCCAUUAGCAUUAUAUUCUCUAUCAAACCUGCUUUUCGUUCCUAACCACCAUUUUCAAAGAAAAUUUCCAUAUGUUCCGAAACUUUAAGUCAAACAAAUUGAUGAUAUUGAUCGAGUGGGCUUCAAAGGGCAUUCCAAAUUUACGAGUCAGAAAACAAUGUCACGAGUGGCCUCAUUAGAACUGACCUAAGUAUUGCUAUUACGCCAAAUGUCAUUAGUGU